GUGAAAAAAACAUGCGGCGCGGCAGAAUUCUCCCAGAAAGAAGACCCUCUGAUAGCAGAAACCAGCACUCCAACGCUUAUUUCGUCUAGUGGAAAACCUCGAUCCACAAACCCAAGAAAUUUCUCUCCGCUACCCGAAAAUGAACUUUCUCAUUUUCUUUCCGCAAUCGGUAAAACAAAAGGAUUCUACGCCAAUCUCGCGAACACACUGUGUCAGGACGAAUCCUUUGCCGAGCGCAAAGACAAGCAGUGUUGGAAUGGAGAACGAAUCGCAGAAUAUACGAAAACCGUAGUGGACGUAGGACUGGAUAUGCAGAAGUACAAUCCUGAAGUGAAACCGAACACAAACAUACAAAGCGUCGAUCCAAAGGUGGCUAACUUGGUCGAUAAAUUGCAACGGGUGCAUCACAUGGCCAUAAGUUCCCUAGGUUCUAAUUAUUCGGAUGCAGAUUAUAUGCAGGGAGAUGGAGCUGAAGGGUCAGGAUCUGGUAGUGGUCCAGAUAUUGAAGAAGACGACCAAGACGAUGAUCAUAUCGGGUCUGGUUCAGGCUCAGGGCCAAGACACGAUGACGAUAUUGGAAAAACAGAUGACAGUUCCCCCAGAGAUUCAUCAGGUGGUACUAAAACAACAAAUGUCCAAACACCGACUGUUACAAUAGUGGGAAGUGGUUGUUGCAGUCCAGUUACUCAUUAUACAAUGAUACCAAUGUUAUUAGUCUGCAUGGUUUUUCACUGGAGGAUUUACUAACUGAAAGUAUUUUUGUACAAAGAAAGAUUUUGUAGACUUGAGUGAUAGAGAUAUUCGUGUUCUCAGAUUGAUAAGAAAGAUAAAGUAAGUUUUCUAUUUGCUGUUAAAGUUAUAAUAAGAUAUUUAUAUGGAUAGGCUUCAUCAGGAGAGGUGCCAUUGUUUAAUAUGAGAGAAUCGUUUUAUGUAAAAGAAAUUGUUGAUAGUAGACAUAGAGAUGAUCUUGAAAACUUUCUAUUGUUUUUUGAGAACAUAAAUGUUGCACAAAAUUGGAUAGAACAUUUGAAAUGACUACAAGAAAAUCUAAAAACAGAGAGGUUAUCUAAAAUUAUAAAUUCAUUUCAGAAAUUAUAUUCAGAUGUUUUUCUCAUCGACCAUAUUUGGGUAUAAUUGAAAGGAGAUGCAGAUAAUUAAAAAGUCGGAGAAACUAUAUAUGCUUAUGUAAUUCAUGAAGUUGAAGUAGUAAAAUGUGAUAUUGUAAAGUUGCAAACAGUUUGGAACUGCAUAUUGGGAAUAAAGUUUUUCUGGUUUUUUGUAAUGAAUAUUGUCAUAGGAAACUUGUCAGACUGUAUGUAUUAUAUUCAAAGGAGUCCUCAUGAGACUGUUUGUAGAAUGUUAGUAACUCAU